ACAACUCUUGGUCGUGUUUACUUCCGGGUUAUCUCAAACGUUCGGUUUGUCGUGGUGGUCAGGAGGAUUUAUUUUACUACCAAGUUGUACUUACCGAGGCAGACCUUUAUUUCCUCCUCAGUUUUGUUCUAUCGGUAUAUUCCUCUAUAAAAUGACGGAGGAUGUCCAGAAGCACUCUGUCCACACAUUGGUCUUCAGAUCGCUGAAAAGGACGCAUGACAUGUUCGUAGCCGACCAUGCUAAAGCUAUCGCUCUGGAUGACGAAAGUCACAAACAGAAGAUGGGUGUGAAACUAAAGACAGAGUAUGGACCAGUUUUACACAUGCCCAUCCUAAAGGAGGGCAGAGAAAGAGUCUCACAUCAUCCUGACGGCAUGCUCAGCCAUCAGAGCUACCCACAGCUAGGCGAUGAUCCAGAAUACCUGAUUACCGGGACCAAUGCUUAUCCAUCUGGACCAGGUGUGGCACUCACCGCCGACACUAAAAUCCACAGGAAUCCCAGUGAAGGAGCGGUGCACUCCUUGACACUGGCUUUACCACCCUCACUAGCAAGGCAGGACGCCAGUCGCACUGCAGCCAGCGUUGCAGAGAUCCAUAGACAUGCAGGAGUAGCAGAGAGAAUUCACCCUCCGUCCACUGCAGUGUCUCUCUUAGAUGGAGGUGGCACCAGAAACUCAGCGCUCAUAAGGAGAGCUCCAACAAUGCCCAAACCUCAGUGGCAUCCACCGUGGAAACUGUUUCGGGUUAUCAGCGGACACCUCGGCUGGGUGAGAUCCAUCGCCGUGGAACCGGGAAAUCAGUGGUUCGUCACGGGGUCAGCAGACAGAACUAUAAAGAUCUGGGACCUGGCCAGUGGGAAGCUGAAGUUGUCUCUGACUGGACACAUCAGUACCGUUCGUGGUGUAGCAGUGAGCAGCCGCAGUCCGUACCUCUUCUCCUGUGGAGAAGAUAAACAGGUCAAGUGUUGGGAUCUGGAGUACAACAAGGUAAUCAGGCACUACCAUGGCCACCUCAGUGCUGUGUAUGAUUUGGAUCUACAUCCAACCAUCGAUGUGCUUGUGACAUGCAGCCGAGACGCCUCAGCGAGGGUGUGGGACAUCAGGUCAAAAGCAAACGUGCACACACUUACUGGUCAUACCAACACGGUGGCUACAGUCAGAUGUCAGGCUGUAGAGCCACAGAUCAUCACUGGCAGUCACGAUGCAACCAUCAGGCUUUGGGAUCUGAUCGCUGGGAAGACCAGAGCAACUCUGACAAACCACAAGAAAUCUGUCCGAACUCUGGUGCUGCACCCCAGACAAUACACAUUUGCAUCAGGAUCAGCUGAUAACAUCAAGCAGUGGAAGUUCCCAGAUGGCAACUUCAUCCAGAAUCUGUCAGGCCACAACGCCAUUAUUAACACGCUUGCUGUCAACUCUGAUGGCGUGUUGGUGUCUGGAGCUGAUAAUGGAACCAUGCACAUGUGGGAUUGGAGGACAGGCUACAACUUCCAGAGAAUUCAUGCCGCCGUGCAGCCCGGAUCUCUGGACAGCGAGUCGGGAAUCUUCGCCUGCCUGUUCGACCACUCAGAGAGCCGACUGAUCACCGCAGAGGCAGACAAGACCAUUAAAGUGUACAAAGAGGACGACACGGCUACUGAAGAAAGUCACCCGGUCAACUGGAAACCAGAAAUCCUGAAGAGAAAGAGAUUCUGAGCAGUUUUUUUUUUUUGUCGUCCUGUCAGUUUAACUUCUGGUUCUUUAAACACGCAGCAGGUUUUUUGUAAGAACAGUGUCAUGACCGUUACUCCCUAAAUGCUGUUUCAGUGUAGACUUCAUUCUCUGUAGGGUCGAAACCUGCAGCAGGAGGGAAAAACGUUUAUUACUUCAGUAGCUGUUAGUUGUACAGACGCAAUGCUCCCAUUUGUUCUGGCUUGAAAAGUGACAUUUAUUUUGCUCCAUUUGAAUAAAAAUCUGUCUUUAUUUA